UAUAGCUGUGGUCAAUGUGAGAAGAGUUUUAAUCGAUUUGGCCAUCUGACAUUACACCAGAGAACACACACAGGAGAGAAACCUUAUAGCUGUGUUCAAUGUGGGAAGAGUUUUACUCAUUCAACCAGCCUGAUAUCACACCAGAGAACACACACAGGAGAGAAACCGUAUAGCUGUGAUCAAUGUGGGAAGAGUUUUGUUACAUCUGGCCUUCUGAAGAUACACCAGAGAACACACACAGGAGAGAAACCUUGUAGCUGUGAUCAAUGUGGAAAGAGUUUUGGCCGAUCUGGCCAUCUGACAUCACACCAGAGAAUACACACAGGAGAGAAACCUUAUAUCUGUGCUCAAUGUGGGAGGAGUUUUGAUACAUCUAGCCAUCUUAUUGUACACCAGAGAAUAAACACAGGAGAGAAACCUUAUAGCUGUGAUCAAUGUGGGAAGAGUUUUGGUCAGUCUGGCACUCUGACUCUACACCAGAGAAUACACACAGGAGAGAAACCUUAUAGCUGUGAUCAAUGUGGGAAGAGUUUUGGUCAAUCUGGCCAGCUGACAUCACACCAGAUAAUACACACAGGAGAGAAAUCUUAUAGCUGUGAUCAAUGUGGAAAGAGUUUUGGCCGAUCUGGCCAUCUGACAUCACACCAGAGAAUACACACAGGAGAGAAAUCUUAUAGCUGUGGUCAAUGUGGAAAGAGUUUUGGUCGAUCUGGCCAGCUGACAUCACACCAGAGAACACACACAGGAGAUAAAUCUUAUAUCUGUGCUCAAUGUGGGAGGAGUUUUGAUACAUCUAGCCAUCUUAUUGUACACCAGAGAAUACACACAGGAGAGAAACCUUAUAGCUGUGAUCAAUGUGGGAAGAGUUUUGGUCAGUCUGGCACUCUGACUCUACACCAGAGAAUACACACAGGAGAGAAACCUUAUAGCUGUGAUCAAUGUGGGAAGAGUUUUGGUCAAUCUGGCCAGCUGACAUCACACCAGAUAAUACACACAGGAGAGAAAUCUUAUAGCUGUGGUCAAUGUGGAAAGAGUUUUGGUCGAUCUGGCCAGCUGACAUCACACCAGAGAACACACACAGGAGAUAAAUCUUAUAGCUGUACUCAAUGUGGGAAGAGUUUUGAUACAUCUAGCCAUCUUAUUGUACACCAGAGAAUACACACAGGAGAGAAACCUUAUAGCUGUGGUCAAUGUGGGAAGAGUUUUGGUCAAUCUAGCAAUCUGACUCUACACCAGAGAAUACACACAGGAGAGAAACCUUAUAGCUGUAAACAAUGUGGGAAGAGUUUUGGUCAAUCUGGCACUCUGACUCUACACCAGAGAAUACACACAGGAGAGAAACCUUAUAGCUGUGAUCAAUGUGGGAAGAGUUUUGGUCAAUCUGGCCAGCUGACAUCACACCAGAUAAUACACACAGGAGAGAAAUCUUAUAGCUGUGGUCAAUGUGGAAAGAGUUUUGGUCAAUCUGGCCAGCUGACAUCACACCAGAUAAUACACACAGGAGAGAAAUCUUAUAGCUGUGGUCAAUGUGGAAAGAGUUUUGGUCGAUCUGGCCAGCUGACAUCACACCAGAGAACACACACAGGAGAUAAAUCUUAUAGCUGUACUCAAUGUGGGAAGAGUUUUGAUACAUCUAGCCAUCUUAUUGUACACCAGAGAAUACACACAGGAGAGAAACCUUAUAGCUGUGGUCAAUGUGAGAAGAGUUUUGGUCAAUCUAGCAAUCUGACUCUACACCAGAGAAUACACACAGGAGAGAAACCUUAUAGCUGUAAACAAUGUGGGAAGAGUUUUGGUCAAUCUGGCACUCUGACUCUACACCAGAGAAUACACACAGGAGAGAAACCUUAUAGCUGUAAACAAUGUGGGAAGAGUUUUGGUCAAUCUGGCACUCUGACUCUACACCAGAGAAUACACACAGGAGAGAAACCUUAUAGCUGUGAUCAAUGUGGGAAGAGUUUUGGUCAAUCUGGCCAGCUGACAUCACACCAGAUAAUACACACAGGAGAGAAAUCUUAUAGCUGUGGUCAAUGUGGAAAGAGUUUUGGUCGAUCUGGCCAGCUGACAUCACACCAGAGAAUACACACAGGAGAGAAAUCUUAUACCUGUGGUCAAUGUGGGAAGAGUUUUACUACAUCUAGCAAUCUGACUGUACACCAGAGAAUACAUACAGGAGAGAAACCUUUUAGCUGUGGUCAAUGUGGAAAGAGUUUUGGUCAAUCUGGCCAGUUGACAUCACACCAGAGAAUACACACAGGAGAGAAAUCUUAUACCUGUGGUCAAUGUGGGAAGAGUUUUACUUCAUCUAGCAAUCUGACUGUACACCAGAGAAUACACACAGGAGAGAAAUCUUAUACCUGUGGUCAAUGUGGGAAGAGUUUUACUUCAUCUAGCAAUCUGACUGUACACCAGAGAAUACACACGGGAGAGAAAUCUCAUAGCUGUGAUCAAUGUGGGAAGAGGUACACUGAUAAAAGAUCUCUGAUUAAACAUCAGAAAAUACAUGGAGUUGUUUCAUGAUAUCAAUGCAUUAAUGUCACAAUGUAAAAUGUUUUAACAUUGUAGUAGGCGUAUUUUAAUGAUGUCAUAAUGUAGAAUGUUUUAACAUUGUAGUAGGAGUAUUUAAAUGAUGUCACAAUGUAGAAUGUUUUAACAUUGUAGUUGGAGUAUUUAAAUUAUGUCACAAUGUAGAAGCCUAAAUGUUUGUCCCCUGUUCUAUUGAUUUCAACAUGAUAUGGAUAUUAGCCUCAGGG